AUGGACGCCUUUGUGCGCAGAGCAACGGCCUCGUCCACGUCUCGAGAACCCCUGGCCGACAUCUCAAAUUCGGGUGAAAUGCCUGGCCGACCUGCGAAAAGGGUGAAAAUUGGGGGACCCCGACAUGAUGACAGCAACUUUGACGACGAUGGACAGUCCUCCGACGCGUCAACACACCGGUCCGUCAAGAAGUCAGUCAAGGCACCCCCAAGGCGCACGAGGGAAGUCAUACCGGAUUCCGAGGACGAGGACGAGGUGGACCAAGAUACCUCAACCCACCAUCAUCAUGAAACGGCCCUCGAGAGUGCUCUGCCUCACAUCAAGGCUGACGUGGAUGCGAUCGAGGAGUAUGAGGCAAUGAGAGCCUCUCAACUUAGCACCGAGGACGCAAAUGACGCACAACCUGAGUCUGACGUCGACCGGAGGAAGUGGGUCAGGGGCAAGAGCUCCAUCUAUGUCGACGCUUUCAAUCUUGCCCUGGAUACAGUGCUCGAAGACGAGGCCCACUUAUUUGAUGAGAAGGAGAUGGCUGUAUUUGACCAGUGGCGCAGCCUGGAUUAUGAGGCCCAGUAUCUAUACGUCCGUCUGUUUCUACGGAAAGUCGCCGCUUGGCACCGGCGCGACAAACUUGGCUACUACAGCGAUAUAUCGGACCCUGAUGCCGCUAUCGAGACGCUGCAGCGGAGUCGCCCAUUGCCCGUAGCAGAAGAGAGCACCGGGGCAGAACCUGAUGAUGAUGAUCAUGGCGAUGGUGAAGUUGCUGGUGUCGCCCUGCAGGAUUGGUCCCUCGGCGACACCUUUACGUUUGCCGACUCUUCCGAUGAACACAUCACUACAGUUGACGAAGCUGCUGCCCUGCUAAGUUUGGACGAACUCAAGCUUCUGGCCAAGGAGGCUAAGGUCCAGGGCAAAAACAAGAGUGAUAUCUUGAAGAAGCUAUUGCGCAUGAGCUCACAACAGAGUGGUCUGUUGUCAGUGGGACUACGCCGGGAGAGCACGACUGGGUCAAUGGACUCGGCUGGUCGUGAGACUGGCAGCGAAACUCCCGACCCAGACGCGAAACAAGAGUCAAACCGAAAUCAACACUUCCUGGCCAAGAUCAUCGCCAUCACCGGGCCUUGCGUCAGGAUAUCGCCUCCAGUUUUCAAGCUUUUCGAACGGGUACAUCUUGUUUUCUAUCGGUCGACAGAGUGGACGGAGAAGUCUCUAACCACCAUCAUACUGGCCAAGAUCUCGAGGCGGAAUUUUCCACAGUACAUUGUCGACCGGACAUCCAACAUUUUCCCUGACCGUCGCAGCCUGUUGGACUUCGAGCAGGCCAUGCGACUAGAGUUUGAGGUCGAUCAGAUCCUCGAGUUUAACGGAACUCCUGGCGAGGAAGGUCACCAACGUGUGCUGGAAAUAUUUGAUAGUGUUACUGCUCGCUGGCGGAGGCUUUUGAAGGAAGAAGAACGCAAAGAGAACCAAGUUUACGAGUUCGGCGAGGGCGCAUACCUCCGCCGUCUCAAUGCUGCACAUGCGUAUACCAGGAUCGCACACAAGGCAGCGUACGUCUACGGUCGGCUGCACGAGUAUCUGCGAGAACACGCACUGCUCACCGAGCUCUUGGCACAGCGCUUCUUCCAAAUGGCUCGGCGCGGGUCAUGGUAUCAGCGCAAAGCCUUGCUCGAAGAACACUACAUGUGGGAAGAGAAGCCCGAUCCCAAUAUUGCCGACCAGGAGCAACAAAAGAAGCACUGGCGCCGCAUCGCCGUCGCGACCUGUGAGGCUGCCCUCGAGGACCGAGAUUGCCAUCUCAUCUACCACUUUGAUCUACAGAAACGCCUGACCAAGCUGGAAAAACGCUUACGCAUCCCUAAACGACUUCAGCAUGACUUUGGCCACGUCCGCCUGCACAAGCCAGAAGAACACAAUGUCACAGGGACCCAAAUCAAGCGUGACGAUCCUACAGCCGGCAAGCGUGGUGGGACAAGCACCAAAACGAUCUGGGUAGACGAGGCCGAGGGUGGCGGCGAGUGCAGCGUCGAGGAGAUGUGCUUGUCUCAUUACCGCACCGAGGGCUGGAAAGGUUACCAUUCCGAGGGCGGUAUUUUAAGAACGCUGUUUGCAUACUUAUUCUACGACAUUCUGUUCCUGUACAUCCCCAACGUAUUUCAGACGGCAUACCAAACGUGCCCGCUGGACUUACACACCGACGCCUUCUACGCCACCCGAGCCUCCGAGAUCAACCACCGCCUCGCCGAGAUCUCAAACGGCGACGCCCCGCGCAUUAUCCGAGGGGUCGACGCCGAGCACCGCGAGAGGAGGACGUGCGUGGGGCUGAACUGGGACUACGAGCUGGAGGACCUCGUGGAGCUCGCGGGCUGCUUCCGGGGCGAGGCCCUCGCCGCCGUGUGCAAGGUCAUGGCGCAGGAGUACAGGCAGAGGGGGGGUGGGGUCCCCGACCUCGUGCUGUGGAGGACGGAGCCUGAGCCCGAGUGCAUGUUUGCCGAGGUCAAGAGCGCGAAUGACCGGCUGAGCGAUACCCAGCGGCUGUGGAUUCAUGUCCUGACGGGAGCUGGGGUGAGGGUCGCGUUGGUGAAUGCUGUGGCGGGAGAUAUCAAGGAAAUUGAUUGA